AUGUCGUUCAAAAAUAAAUCAUCGUAUAAACAUCAUUUGAAUAAGAGAAGACGAUUUAAUGAAUUGGAACCCGGUUUAUCUGGAUUUUUAUGCACUUGCAAUAAUAAAUUAAAAGAAAAAAAUUGCAUUUGGGAAGCUUAUAGUAUUCUUAAUGAAUAUGCUGACAAAUUAUUUGGACCAGAAAAUCCAGAAAAGUCAGGAGAUGAAGAAAUCAGUGACUCGGAUAAACUUUCUAAUUUAAAAAAUUGUGAAAAUAAUAAGCAAAAUGAUAGCAUUGAGGAUGAAUUACAAAAAGAAAUUGAAUCAAUUAAAUCAAAAUUUAAUAAAAAAAUUGAAGAAAGAAGAUUUCAAGCAAUUCAAUCCGGAGCCAAUGGUAUCGUUUUUAUUAGAUCUACAGUUAAAGAUCCAGUAAAAUUAGCUCAUCAUAUUAAAUUUAAAAAACAUUCGAAAACAACCAUUUUUACUAAAACUUAA